AUGGCGUCAAGCUCUACCGAAACGACUCCCUUGGUCUCGUCAAUGUCGAGCUCAAGUCGAGCGAUCCCCCCAAAGCCUCAGCGUACCGUCACGUUCAAUCCAACUGUCACAUCUACUAGUCCGAAACCACCGACGCGAUCGUUAUCGCACCAUGCCUCCUCUUCCGGCCAUGCUGCCACUACCCAGGGCGGACAGCCCAUGCUGUCGACAUUGAACAGUAAGCUGCGGAGAAGGAACAGCUCUGGUGCGCCUGCUAGAAUACCUCCCGCGCCGGCACCCAAGAUCGGUCCUCAAAGAACGACGAGAACUGCCCAGAAACUCAAACUCCUCCCCGAUCCGGCCGCGGAUGAAGCCGAAGACGAGGAGAGUGGACGCGACGUCUAUGUACAAUAUACCAGGAUAAAGGAUCCUACAGCGCGCAGGGACGCUGCUCGACUUGGCAAGGCAGACAGAGAACGAUUACCAAGAGUGACGGCAUAUUGUACGGCCGCGUCAUACAAGCUCGAUGAAAUGAUGCGGUUCUUGAAAGGCAAGCAAAAGAUCAGAGGGGCAGCGCCGAAGCGCUUCGAUGAAUGUAUCUACUCGCCUUACAAUUAUGGUUCGAUGAAAGGCCCAGAAGACGUCAGUAGCACUGCCGUAGUCGCCGGCUUCACGGAAGAGAGACCGAGAAGGUUCUCGGACAGCGCCAUUGAGGUGGAACAUGAGAACGAAAGAAGGAGACAGGACCUUAUCGACUUGCACGAAGAUGGCGAUGCACCAGACAUUGAGAACGAACAAGCUAUUGGCCCCAGACGGCCGUCGGUUACCCACGCGGACUCGGAUCCUCAGAUGGACGCGCCAGAUUUCGACACACGCGUCCAUACUCCAGAAGUUUUCUUGUUCGAGUACGGCACUGUUGUCAUCUGGGGUAUGACGUUACAGGAGGAAAAGAAGUUUUUGAAGGAGAUUGCCAAGUUUGAGGUCGACAAGCUCGGCAAAGACGAGAUCGAGACGGAGGAAUUUAACUUCUACUACACGCGCGAGUAUCAGGCCCGGAUAUACAACGACUUUAUCAGUUUACGCGACAAGAAGAACUACAUGAUCAAGCUAGCAAUCAGUCAUGGCCUUUCGCAGAGUGUCAAGACAUCGCUCUUCGAAGACUUGGUGGACAACACUAUUGACGAAACGAAAGACAUCCCAGCCGAAAUCGCCAGCUCUGGCAAGAUCAACCUGAACAAGAAGCAAAUCAACAUGCAGAUCGGAGAGCUGUUCAUUCUCCGUAUUAGUAUACAUCUGCAGGGAUCGGUGCUCGAUGCGCCAGAGCUCAUGUGGGCUGAGCCGCAGCUAGACCCAGUGUAUCAAGCUGUGAGGAGCUAUCUGGAGAUGGAUCAGAGAGUCAGUCUUUUGACCGAAAGACUCAACGUUAUCGGAGACUUGCUUGCUGUCCUUAAGGACCAGUUGACUGUCACUCACGGCGAAUUGCUCGAGUGGAUCGUCAUCAUUCUGAUUUUUGCUGAAGUUCUUGUGGCUGCCAUCAACAUCUUCGUCGAUUUGCACGCAGCGGACUAA